AUGACCGAGUUCCUUCUCCUGGGGUUCUCUGAGGUUCGGGAGCUGCAGGUUUUACACUCUAUGGUGUUUCUAGGGAUUUACCUGGCAGGCCUGGUGGGAAAUCUCCUUGUUAUCAUCCUUGUAGUGGUCGACCACCAUCUUCACACCCCCAUGUACUUCUUCCUGAUGAAUUUGUCCAUACUAGACCUCGGCUCCAUCUCCGUCACAGUCCCCAAGUCCAUGGCCAACUCCCUGUUGAACACCAGGUCGAUUUCUUAUGCUGGCUGCGUUGCCCAAGUCUUUCUCUUCAUUUUCUUCAUUGUUGUUGACUUUGCUUUUCUCACCAUCAUGGCAUAUGACCGGUACGUUGCCAUCUGCCAACCACUGCACUAUGAGACUAUAAUGAACAGGGGAGCUUGUGUCCAAAUGGCAGCCAGUGCCUGGAUCAGUGGAAUUCCCAUUUCUACUAUGCAGGCCGGGAACAUAUUUGCAUUACCUUUUUGUGGUGGUAACAAAGUGGAUCAGUUCUUCUGUGAUAUCCCCCAACUGCUCAAGAUCACUUGCAAUGACGCAUACCUCAUUUUUCAACAGAAAGGAAGCUUGUUGAUUGGAGUUAGUGUUAUUGUGGCUGCUGCAGGUGGCCGUGGAUAUGGAUGA